AUGCUUUCUACCUGUUUUUUCUUUUUUUUUGCUCUGUUUCCUCCUCUUCAUUGGUGUAUGUAUGUUCCUGUACAGAACGUGCUUCUGCCGUUCAGCACACAAGUCAGGGAACGCUUGCUCUACACAGAGAACAGAAAGCAUGGGAUGUUCCUUGAAAUGAAACCUGAUGGCUCCGUCAGAGGGUCUCCAGUAAAGAAGCGCAACUGUGUGCUGAAACUGCGUUCAGUGAAAGCGGGUGAGACGGUCAUCCAGAGUGAGGCUACAUCUCUCUUCCUCUGCGUUGAUGAUGAAGACAACUUGAAAGGACAGCUGCAUUACUCUGAAGGAGACUGCACCUUUCAGGAAUUGCUACUGGAGGAUGGAUAUUCUUCUUUCCUUUCUCCACACUCUAAGCUUCCUGUGUCGCUGCUCUCAAAGCAGUCUGGGCAGAAACACAGUGCCACACGUUCUCGGUUCCUCCCCGUUAUGAAUACUCAGUUGGCGGGGAAAGAAGAGGACAUCCAGAUACAGGAUGUGAAACAUUAUAUUAAGGACAUAAACCUGGACUCUGACGACCCACUAGGAAUAGGACAUCAGUCACACAUACAGACUAUCUUCAGUCCCAGUCUGCAUACUAAGAAAUGAGGAUGGAGAACAUCGGUUAUGGAGGCAUGCUUUACAUUAU